CGUCUUCUCUUACAAGACAAACAUAACAAACGCCCACCUCUCUCUCUCCUGCAAAACCCUGAAAAAAUCGAAACCCAAAUUCAGAUAAACCCCUCUCAAUGUUAAAUCGACUUCUACUAGUACAUACACAUUGGAGUAUACGACUUUAAUCCAAGCUUUAGUUAGGAGUUGAAUUUCACAUACCCUCUGAAUUUGAUCAAAUUUUCUGCAAUGUCGGCUUCUAGGGGGUUGUACCGUAGUCGGGCUGGUGAAGACCGGUUCUAUAGUCCACCGGCGAUGAGAAGGUACAACCAAGAAAAGCGUCAAUCGCAGAAGUUGUCGUCGACGACGACGAAGUCCAAGUCCUUGUCGGUGGAGUCGGAGAAGAGAAUUGAGUCUUCUGAUGAUUGUGCAUCGUGGACUACGACGACAUCGUUUCAGGCGUCGCCGAGAAUGAGUAGUGAUUUGACGAAUUUGGAUCGGCUUAUGGAGCACACUACCCCUUUAGUUCCAGUUCAGCAUUUUUCUAAGAGCAUGAGGAGAUGGAGAACACAUGAAGAGGAAUUCCAUUCAUACUUCAUCCUUGGUGAUCUUUGGGAAUCUUUUGGGGAGUGGAGUGCAUAUGGAGCUGGAGUUCCUCUUAUGUUAAACGGGAGCAACUCUGUUGUCCAAUACUACGUGCCAUACUUGUCUGGCAUUCAGCUGUAUAUAGACCCAUCAAGGCCUUUCACUCAGCUACGGGUUCCUGGUGAAGAAAGUGAUUCUGAGUCAUCCAGGGAGACAAGUACUGAUGGUGAUAGUGAUUCUGGAGCAGAAAGUGGAGUAAAUGGUGUUGAGGGUGGUUGGAGCCAGCAAAAACGCAUAAUUGCAACAAUCCAAAAUUUUGAUAGAGUCUCAUUGAGAGAGAAUAUCUUCAUGGGAUCUUCAAUUGGUGAAAGCGAGAUUAGCAAUCCUCCUGGUAGGCUUAUAUUUGAAUAUUUGGAGCAGGAUCAGCCAUAUAGUCGUGAACCUUUGGCUGAUAAGAUAUCGGUCCUUGCUUCUCGAUUUCCAGAACUGAAUACAUUGAAGAGCUGUGAUUUGACACCUGCAAGUUGGGUUUCUGUGGCUUGGUAUCCUAUAUAUAGGAUACCCACAGGUCCAACUCUGCAGAAUAUUGAUGCCUGUUUUUUAACGUUCCAUUCCCUGUCAACAGCCUUCAAAAGUACGAGCACUGAUUGGCCACAUAUUCAUUGCUCUACGGUUAGGGAAGUUCACAGUGCUGGCAUAUCUUCAAAGCUAUCUUUACCAAUCUUUGGGCUUGCUUCUUAUAAGUUUAAAGUUUCUAUGUGGAAUCCAAAUGGAGUUUAUGAGUGUCAAAAGCUCAAUUCUCUAUUACAGGCUGCCGAUAACUGGCUCCAGCUUUUGCAAGUUAAUCACCAUGAUUACAAGUUCUUUGUGUCCCACAGCUCAUACUGGAGGUGAAGUCUUUAAGCAAAUAUGUACUUGUCUAAAAAGGAUAAUGAGGCGCCUCAGCCCAUGUGUUCAGUAAUGUGUCAUUCAGGUUGCGCGUCUUCUGAAAGCUCAAUGGGAAACACGAUGAUGGUGAAGUUGUAUCUUUUAUAUGAGGCAUGUGGUAGUUAUGUAUGUCAGGACCUAGGAACGUCAAUGGAUAAAGACCAAGAUCGGUUGGAUGUGGUCAGACAAUAUGCAAUGGUUGUCAUAUUGGGAUUUGCUUGAUGUGUUGACGACUGGAAAACAUCGGUUGUACCAACUUAUGAAUCAGGCUUACUGAUGAUGACGAAGAUUUACAAUAUUUAUGUUUGUGUGCGCUGUAAAAUACUUGGUAGUUAACAGUGGUUGUAAGUUCUCGUUUCUUUUCUUUUCUUUUUUGUUUAGAGGUUAUAACGGUCUUCUUGCGGUGGAACACAUGUAUAUAUAUCAUAUUU